AUGCCCUUUGUCCACUACGAUACUCAGAUCAAGAGCCGCCAUGCCGAGAAAAAGAUAUCCGGAGUUUCACUGGCUGAUGCCAAUCGUGAACUGAUGACCAACGUCUGUAAGCGCUCAACUCAGCGAUGGCAAAAGAUUUUACUCGAAACUGGUUCUGUGAUCCGAGACAAAGCAACCUACCUACGCACUGGCCCACCUUAUGCAUUGAAUGAACACGAUCUUCAACUGAUAUUUGAAAUCCUUGAAGAAGACUCGACCCUGAUGUUGGAUGAGAUCAGCGACAUCUUGGAGGACCUCACUGAGAAAAAGCCAUGCAUUUCAACCUUACAAUCCACCAUCACCAAACGGCUUAACUAUAGCUUGAAGAAAGGUCAAACUGUUGAUCCUCGGCAGUCCGAAGAGCAACGAGCCGAGUAUGCUAGAAGGGUUGCUAACCUGCCUUCCCAGUACUUAGUUUUCCUCGACGAGGUUGGCGUGAAUGAACGUGAUGUCGUUUGCACUCACCUUCGGGCACCAGUGGGUCAACGUGGACAUCGUCUUCGUCGGAAACGUGAAGGAGAGCACUGGACUCUGUGUGGUGCAAUCUGCGAGCAAGGAUUUCUAGCUGGAGCUGUUGUUGAGGUCGGAUUUGAUCGGGAAGAACAGAGACCAGCUCUACAGUACACUUGUGAAAGCGAGUCUGUCUCCUCGGCUUCAAUUGAUCAAGAUCGAAUGGCGAGAUUGAAUGGCUAA